AUGGCUGCAGAAUCUACUGUUGUCAAUAACAACAGCAACAGCAACAGCAACAGCAACAGCAACAAUAGCAAUGAUAAUGAUAUAGUAUAUGGGUUAGCUGAUACCUAUUCUAUAAAUGGAGGUGGAGGUGCAAUUAACACACCAACAACAACAGCAACAAAAAGUAGUGGUGGUGAAAUGUUUGAAGGUGUUCAGUUGGAUAGAUUCUUGAAGCUCUACAACGGUGUAUUGAAACACUCGAAUUACUAUGAUAAUAUCGAUGCUUUUGAGGACGACGACGAUGACGACGGUGCUAAUGGUGACGAAAAAGAAGGAAAAGAGUCUGGUGGUGCCGGCGGUGGUGACGAUUCCGAAGACGACGACUCUGACAAAGAGAAGGAAAAGAAAAAGAAAAAGAAGGAAAAGGAGAAGGGAAAGAAAGAUGGUGACAAUCAACUGCUACACCAAUUCCAAUCGAUAAAGUCAUCGAUUCCAAUGUCACACUCAAAUGCAUUGUUGCAUAUGAAACAAAUCCUUUGGCAUCAUCCCAUUUCGCUUUUACCAGAUAAAUUAAAUUUAAAUCAACAACAAAAUAAUAUUAAACAACAACAGCAACAGCAACAAGUAACUGAUGAAAAUAAUAAUAAACAAACAAGUAAAGAACAACAACAACAAGAACAAGAACAACAAAAAGAUGGAGAAUUUAAUUCACUUGAAAGUAUUAGAUCAUCUGAAUUAUUCUUUCAAUUCCUCUUUGAUUUGUUGAAUGACAAGAACGAUAUGAUGAAGUAUCGGGCAUUCCAGUUACUACAGGACUACUGUAAGAGUCUGCCAGCUGCAUCGAUAGGAAACUUUGCCGAAUCUCUCAUCAAGCAUGCAGUCAGCACCCUCACGAAAAUUAUCGACACAACCUCCAACACUGACAACGAACACAUGGUUGCCUCUUCCGCCUUGAUCUCACUAGUAGUCGCACGUGAUGACCCAUCUCUCACCUUUAAAAUCAUUCGAUUCAUUCUCAAUUCAAAAUAUCAAUCUUUUUUACCAUCGAAUCUCAAACCAAUCAAUGAAAAUUAUGUUCCAUUGGAAAAGUUUGAUUUUAAAAAGUCGGUUGUAUAUGAAGCCAGUAGUAAUGCUGGCGGUAGCGGCAAGCUGAAUAUAGGCGCUGUCUACUCGAUGGCUACCGAUGGUGUAUUUAUAUUUGUACAUUGUGAUUUGGGUCUGCUUAAAUUGUCGCUUGGCCAGCAACAGCAACAAUCGCUACUGCAGUACAAGGUUGUCCAGUGGAAGAAGGACUACCACCUCGAGGGCGACGACGACAGUUCACAGCCAUCGUCGUCCUCCUCGACACCGUCUGCCAGCUGCAGCCAAGUCAACUCGAUUCACUCGUGGAUGUUUGUCAUUGGCAGCGACCUCUACUUCCGCAGCACCGACAUGGCCAACGGUAUCAUCGCGCAACUCAACAUCGACAAUCUCGAAGAGGAAUCGUUCGUCUCUGUCGAAGCCGGUGAUUGUCCACUAGGUCAAUAUCCAUAUACAAUGUUUUUAACAACAACCAAUAAUAAUAAUAGUAACAGCAACAAUAGUAGCAACAACAAUAGUAAUAAUAGUAGUGAUAAUAUAAGAGAAAGAUUAGUUAUUUUAGAAUUGGUAAAUGAUUUAAAGAAAUCUGUAUUCCCAGAGACAAGAUUACGUUAUCUUUCUUUGGUGGAUGGUGCAUUUGUACAGGACGGACCAUCUCAUCCACUACCACUCUGGUCGAAAACUACCAAGAUUCAACAGGUGAAUUGCACUAUGGUCAAUGAGAAGCAAGAUGACUCUCUUUUAUCCACUAUAGAAUCAUAUCAAAUUUCAAAGAUCUAUGCAUCUGUCAAAGGUGGAUUCUACUUCCUAAGCGAAGAUAAGAAUCUUUAUUAUUUAGGUAAAAGCGAGUUGGACAAACUUUUCAAGCCACCCUACGUCGAUAUUGCACAGUCGAACAUCCAAUUGUAUAUUGUCAAUAAGGAUGGUGUACUAGGACGUAUCACCGAUAUGAAAGCAAACACCUUGAAGACUUUUGAUUCAAAGUUCAAGGUAAAGACAAUGGUUACUACCGGUGGUGAGGAAUCCGGUUGCUAUCUGGUCGACGAUACACCGGAUGCCUGUCUGCACUCUGCUAUGAGCUGGGAUUCCGAGUUGAAGAAAGUCGAGUUGCCCGGUGGUGAAGAGACCAACCAGUGCACUCUACUGGUGGCUGCCAACCACUCGAAUGUUGUCGUUGUGAACGCCAGUGGCAUCUACGUGAAGGGUAACAAUGUAUUUGGACAGCUGGGAUUGGGACACUUUAAGAACUCCAAGGAAUUCACACGUCUCUCGCCAGCUUCACUGCCAUUCGACGUUACCGAUGUGGAAAAGAUAGAGAUUGGUCUCACUUUUACGUUGUUUUUGGUUCGUGAUGGAGUGAACCGUCGUAUCUACUACAGCGGUAACAUCAAAGGUUUGAAACAAUCCAAUCACUUUGUUGAGUAUCAACAUCACGACUUCCAUGCGUCGACGAAAUCAAUCGAGUCGAUCAUCGAUAUCUGUGCAACCGAUCAUGGAUUCAUUGUUUUGAAGCAAACAAUGAAUGUCGAUAUCGAUUGGGCAACUCUUACAUUUGGUGAUAUCAAUGUGUUUGCCGAUCGUAAGUGUUUGGGUGUCCUCAUACCACCUACAAUUGGUAGUGGUGCUGACAACAACAGUAUCACUUCCAAAACUAGCGACUAUCUACUUUAUAAUACAGUAUCCAAUCCACCAUUACAAUUGGUUAGCAAAUCGAAAGUAGCACCAAGAAAAUAUCGUUUCCAUUUGUCAAAGGUUGCCAACUUUGAAUUCAACACUGAAUCACAACAGUUGGUGAUGCUCGAUAACCGUGAGGGAAAUAGACAUCCUUACAACUCGCGAGUUUCACUCACCAAUCCAAGAGAGCGUGUCGAUCCAUUGGUUAUUAUCAAUACACUGUUGGAGACAUACUCAUCCACAGCCAAACCAAAGAGAUUGAGUGUUCCAUCGCUCAGCUCAGAGUUUAUCCAAUCGUUGCCAAAGAUGAGUUUCACCAUUGCCAAGUUCAUCAUCAAGGAAGGUCUGUCGUCAAGAGUAUCAACGACAUUCGUCAAGGUGAAUCGACCAGUUCUAUUGUGGAGUCUCCAGUUGGUUCGUUCCAGAGAGUGUUUGGUCAUGUUGAAGAUCGAAUCCGAUUCAACGCGUACCACAUACUCACAGCAACAUCGUGUCGUCGACUCAAAGAUCGAGCUGGACUAUCCAUUCGAGUUGCUUCCAAACGUUGGUUACAAGAUCACCAUUAUCUCAACAGAGAUCGACUCUAUAUUGCCAGGAAGUGCAUACUCGGUAUUCUCGGUUGGUGGCGUGCAAUUUGACUUGACACCAAGUGUCGAGUACAAACAGAUCGCUCAAGUUGUUCAUGGAUUAACAUUCAGUCCGCUUACCUCUAGCAUUAUUAACGUCGGACAAUCUACACACCGCCAAAAGUCCAUUCCAAAGGAUGCUCUGAUCGAUCUUCUCGAUUCACUGUCCACGAUGUGGAGUCAAUUCUCUGGAUCAAUAGAGAUGCAUAAAACACUGCAAAACGGUGCCAAAGAGCAUGUUGUCGAUACCCUGAUGCUUCUUGACGAACCAUUGAAUCGCACCAUCACUAUUCUCGCCAGACAUAUCCAAGUGCUGUUGGAUGACGUCGUACAGGGAACACGUGUAAUCUCGCUCAUCCACAGUGUCUACCACCACAGAACUCUCUUCACACAUCGACAGCACGACCACAAAGUAUUCAUUGCCUUCAUGGAGUCGAUCAACCAUCUGUUUGUAAAAGCAUUCCCCUACAUCUACAGCACUCCUCUGCAGCAGGCAAGCGCUAUCAACAUUGUCUACCAGUUGAUACAGCUAGGUGGAUCGAGCAGCUUCCCAGGCGCACCUUAUCUCCUGACUGCCAUGAUACAGAGUCUCUACGAAAACGAUGUCAAGUCGUUGAUUGACAUUGUCUGUGAGGACGAUGCAUUCACACGAGAAUCGAUCGAUCCAUCGCUUGUUGCAUUCUACGAUAUGCUUCAAAAUGAAAUCUAUCAACUUCAUUCAUCGUCGAAAAAGAAGUCUCAGAAACAAAGAAUGGAUAGCAGUGGUCAUUCGGAUUCCGGUUUGUUGUUCAAAGAUGUCAUCAUGUCGAUUGCAUCGAACAAGCCGUUUGAACAACCAGAUGCCGACAACAACAAGUUGGACGACUACAGAAGUAAAUCCAUUGAUCUACUGAAAUUCAUCUGGUCGUCAUCGAUGAUUGUCAAGAAUGACGACGUCGUCUUUAACCAACCAAAGGUUCAUUCGGUUGGCCGUUUCAACUCGACAAGCAGUUCGUGGUCGUACGACGAAAUGAUGGACGCCAUCUCCUUCAAGGCAGACGCCGAUAUCUACAUCACCGGUAUCGGUCUGUACGGUGACAAAGGAUCGUAUUCUGCGCGUGUCGGUGUCACUUUGGGACAAUCGGCACAGUCAUUCAACUCCACCAACUCUGUCAAUGUUUCGUGGUCAAACAAGACCGCGCGUUACAUCCAUCGUAUCGACUUGCCAGAGCCAUUCCAACUGGGUGCCAACGAAAUAAUGACGGUCUUCACCAAGAUAUCCGGUCCUUCCUCCUCCUCCGGUUACAAAGGCAAGGAGUCGGCCAGUGCCGAGGGUGUCAACUUUAAGUUUAUGACAUCACGUGUCAACUCUGACAAUGGUACAUCGCUCAACAGCGGUCAGAUUCCAACGAUUUUCUUCCAGUUCGAACCAAACUAUCGAUCGAUGGAGUUGACACCAAAGAUCUUUGAAGACACUCUAAUCGUUUCCAAGAUGAUUCUCGAGCGAUCAAAAACCAUUCUCAAGGAGCUUGCUCAACAGCGUCAAGCCAGCGCCAACGAGAUGCAACUCGAAGAUCUCAGAAACGAUCGAUUCCUCCAGAGUCUGUUGCCUUUUAUCAUUGAUUCCUAUGCCAAUGUCAAAUACAAGUCAAUCGAUAAACAACAAAAGCUGGCAACAUUCCUUGAUUUCCUUGAUUCCACUACCAAGAUCAACGCACUCUACAAACCAACCUCUAAAUCGUUGGAUAUCAACGAUUCAGCGUCAUCGCAACACUGCAUCAAGAUGGAGAGUUCACAUCCAUACGAGGAAUGUACCAAACAAACCAAUGUUGUCGAAUUCCCAGCCGAUAUUAAAUGGAUGACAAUCCAAUUUGAUUCGCGCUCUGUCACUACUCAAUCGAGUGAUCGUUUAUUCAUUUGGUUGAAUGGCGAAUACAAAACACCGCUCGUAAGAUCUGGAUUCUCAGAGAAAGAGUUCCCAAGCACCACUUUUAUUGUGCCUGGCAAUAAGUUGAUAUUCGACUUCCAAUCCGCUUCGAAUCCAGCCAAUUUCAAUGAUGCCAAUCGUUAUGGUUACUCUGCCAGCGUCAUUGGUUACAAAACACUCGGUUCCGAAGACUCUGACUACCCAUUGGCCAAACUGGAACGUCUGUUGUCAUUCUACAUCCUACAACUCUCAAGUUCUUCAUUCUUUGAUCAAAAGGAGCGUGGAUUCAUCUCUGAGGCCAAGCAGAAAUCGAAAGCUGCUGCCGCUGCUGCUGGAGCCGAAAAAGCAAAGAGAAAGAAGAGAAGAGUAGAAGAUUCCGAUUCUUCAGACUCUGACAGUGAUGACGGUAACGAAGACGAGAAGGAAGCAGCCGCCUCUUUAUCCAACGAUGAUGACGAGAAGGAGUUGGAUUUCGAUAAGAUCAUCGUCGACAACAACGCUACCAACCGCGAGGAGGCCAAAUCUAAACUCUACUUCAAGACCAUCUGGAACAAGUUGUCCAAGAAAUUGGUUGCUGAUUCCAAGCAUCAAUAUGGUAUCAGUGACCAAGUACUUUUGGAUUUUGUCAACGCCAAGAGUGGAACACUCGGUGAGGAAGUCAGUGACUUUUUCAACUCUAUCGGUAUGGCCGUUCUCAACAAGAAAGUCGAUGAGAAGGACAAGAGAAAGGAUGAUAGGGAUAAGAAAAAGGAUGACAAGAAGAAGGAUGCCAAAGAAAAAGCCAAGGACAAAGAAAAGAAUGACAAGAAAGAUGGCGAUGAAGAUGACAACUCCGACAAGGCAGAGGGCGAAGAAGGUGAUAAGAAGAAGGAAAAGAAACCUGAGGAUAAAUUCAAAGAUUUCCCUAUCAACAGCGAUGAUCUCCUGAGUGUCAGUGAGAAACUCAGACUCCGUAGACUUGCCCUCUUGAUGAAGCGUAAGAAGCAUCUCGCCAAGGAGUGGAAGAAUCAAAAGAAGAAUCUCGAGAAUGAGAAAUACAACGACUACGACUCGUCCGACUCUGACACUGACUCUGAUGAAUCCGAGGAGUCGGAAGCAGAGGAGGAAGAAGAUUCAUGGGAUGAAGAUCUCGAAGAUGACAACUCCGAUGACGAUGAAAAAGAGAAUGCCUCUGACGAUGUCUCUGGAGAGAAGGCAACCGGUAAAGAAGAGGAAGGUACCGAUAUUGAAGAGGGUAUCAAAGUUAACAUUAAAGAGAAUGGUAGUGCAACCGAAGAUAAAGAUUCCGAUGACGAAGUUAAAAUUAAAGACGACAACGACGACAACGAAUCAAACUCAUCGGACAACAAAGUCAAGACAUCCACUGUUGACAACUCUUUGAAUCAAUCGAAACCGGAAGAGGAAUCCAUAGUCGAUGCAGCAGCUGUACAUUCCGACAGCGAAUCUGCAAUCGGUGAGGAUGAUAAAAAGAUUGUUCAAGCAUCUGCAGCAUCUAAUGAAAAGGAGAGUAUAACAUCUUUCUUGAAAUACACUGGAUGGGAUACCAUCAUGAAGAAGCUCUUUGUUGAAAUCAUCAGAUUGAAUGGUGCGGAAAGUGAUUUCGUUUUGACUGUCCAAUCUAUCAAGAAUCAAAAGAAAUCACUCCAAGAAGCUAAAGAGAGCGAACAACUCACACCCUACGUUGAGUUGUGGCGUAAUGUCCAGAAGCGAUUGAACAAGUGGGCACUUCAACAAUCGACUGUCGCCGAAGAAUACGUUGGAAUCAAUAUUUUGUUUGGCGAUGAUGACGAUUAUUUCAAUGCACCACCAGAACCAAUAACCAAAAAGGAUGUCUUACCAAUUCAGAAGUUGGACUUUUUAUUUGAAUUCCUUUCACACCUUUCAAUUGGUGGUGGUGGUGGAUCAUCAGCUUCAUCCUCAGCGAAAGAUCAACAAUCAUCAUCAUCAUCUUCAUCUGAAUCAAAUUUAGAAAGAAGAUCUAUAAAUUAUUCAUUCGAAGAGUUUAUGAAUUCAUCCAAUAUCAAUACAAGUACCUACAAUCUCUUGUUGCUAAAUAAGAACUCACAGGAUUCCGCUGGAAACGCCAAUGAAAAGGUUCACAACUCCUUCGUUUCACGGUCUAUAUUGGCAAUGUUUUUGGAAAACUUUAUCAAGAUUGACUUUUUCGAUACGAUUGAAGAAACCAAGAGAAAGAAUCUCGUCAAGAUUGAUUCGCUCAAGAUAUGGUCCAAUUUGGUUGAGACACUCCAAGUUCCAUCGGCACUCGAGAACACCAUCUGGAUGAUUGCAACCAUCGUACACACCAACCAGGCACCAAAGGCUCUGUUACCAGCCGAUUGGCAAGGAAAGGUCGCUCAGAAUCUCUCCAUUACCAGUAAUAUCAAUCCAUUACUCAAGCGAGAAUUCAUUGUCCAAUUCCAUGCUCUACUGGAGGCACUAUCCAAACGUAUUAAAUUUGGAUCAUUCUCCGAUGCCAUCAUUCUCAAUGCACUCUCUUGUUUCUCAAUGUACUUGCUUCCAGAGGAUAUUUCCUUCGUCCAAAGCAGUGAGAUCUUCCCGUUGAUCUCCAAGAUUCUCUCGGAGCUACACAGCAACGAAACACGAUCACUCUUCUCACCAAUGAGAAAAGGAAAAGAAAAGAUCACACCUCAAGAAUUGGAUUAUAUCGAACAACAACAACAAUCCGAGUCUGGAAGUGUUUCAUCAAACAAUUCUCCGCUAACUUCACCACCCAGCAACUCUUCUUCUUUUGUUCCAAUACAAAACUCAUCGUUUGUCAAUAUUGCUAACAAGUGUAAGGUUGUCUUGACUAAAUCACCAGAGAUGAUGCCAUCUCUCUUUGACGAGUCAACUCAAUCGUUCUGGGAAGCAUCUGCCAAAGCAAUGAUUAAUGUUACUCUGCCAGGUGAGAAACCAACUUUUGUUCAGGAAGUCUGUGUCUAUAUCGACAAUUCCGACAAUGAAUAUCAAGUGAUGACCGUCAAGAUUAAAGCUGGAAACUCCGAGUCUUGCAUUGAUUUCUCCAAGGUUAUCGAUGUUGAGCACGAAGCCAACUACUGGAAGAUCAUUCCAAUCGGUCAAACCAUCACCAACAUCAAUAUAUCAUUCACUGGUUCCGAAUCGAUUCGAGUUCGUCAACUAAAGAUUCUCAUCCCAGACAAACAAGAGAAUAUGUCGCUCUCUCCAAACUCCAAGUUCGAUGCAACUCUGUCACUCUUGAAGCUAUUGACCUUCCAAAUCUUUGGUAUCAGUACCAGCAAGGAGAUAUCAAAGGAUCUUCGUAAUCAAGUGGCUACUCUGCUCUCAUCGAACGGAGUCUCCAAGAUUCAGAAACAGAUCUUCUCACUCAUUUCCUCCGAGGUUCAAAAGGAGAUCAUUCAUCUCGAUGGCAUCGGAUGGAACAAUGUCAAGGAUCAACCAAACAAAGACGCCUAUCUCAACGAACUGCUCACAACCUUGUCGUCGUUGAUGGAGUCUGAAGAAGGAAAAUCCUUUAUCCCAUCGAAGUCAUCGAUUUUCGCAUUGCUCCCACUGCUUCACAAGGGUGCCGAACGUAUCCAACAUCUCUGUAUCAACAUUUGCAAGGGAAUGUUGAUUAAUCUUAAACCAACACUCUUUACAGAGUUCAUGCAAGAACAAUCGAAUGUUACCGUCUCGAACCUCUCAUUCAUCCAAUAUAUGUUGCUGAUUAUUUCCAAACCAAUUUAUGUCCAAGUCAAAGGUGGAUCGAAUCCACUCGCUCACAACUACACCAUGGAUUCAUUGCUACCGAAUGUACUCGAAGGUGAGCUAUCAAUUGCCAAUGGUAAAGCAUUGAUCGAGCUAGUCAAGGAUCUGAUGAACAAAUCGGAAUCAUGGAGACAAUCGAUCGAAGAUGAAUUGGUCAACUCUAUCCUUUCGAUGAGAGUUGCAGCCACCCAACCAAUCAACACCUAUCUCAACUCUACCAAGCUGUGGAGUGCUCUAUCGGCACUGCUAAUUGUCUUUGGCAAUCAAAAGGUCAUUUCAACCAUCAACACAUCUAAUAUCUCGUCUGAGACACAGGUCAAGACUUGCCAGAAUCACGAUGACGGUGUCACUGAAGCAAGUGUGCUUUGCAACAAUUGUCAGACCAAUUUAUGUUCGGAAUGUGACCGUUUCGUUCACAUGCCAAAAGCAAAGAGAGAACACGUUAGAUCCCCAUUGGUUAACGAUGUUAUUUCCCUUGAAGUCCACGAGAAUUGUAUUCGUUUGAAACUCUCGUCCACUCUGUUUGUAUUGGACUGCGAGAAGCAAAAGGCAAUCGUCCAGACCAUCAAUAUCUCCAGCUCAGAGACAUGUCGUUUCUGCAAACAAAAAUUGGAUCUCCAGAAUCUGAUUCCAUCACACGGUAUCUCUGGUGUCUGUUCGAGUGCUGACUGUAAACAAAAGGCAGCCAACUCUUGUACCAAGAUUCACCAAUGUGGACAUUUGUGCUAUGGUAUCCGUGAUGAAGAUGAAUGUCUACCAUGUCUUCAUGGUUGCAAGAAACCAGAGUUGAUCACUACCACUACCAGUGAGACUACAACCACCACCACCACUUCAGAACACUCGCAUUCAUCGAAAUGCAAAAAGCUCACUCAAGAUCAAGAUGAUUUCUGUAUGAUCUGUUGGACAGAGAAUCUUUCUGAGGCGCCAUCGAUCCAGCUCGACUGUGGACAUGUUUUCCAUCAAGAUUGUUGUAAGCAACUCUUGGAGAAACGUUGGAACGGUGCUAGAAUCACACUUGGUUUCUCAAAGUGUCCGAUCUGUAAGACAUCAAUCCAUCAUCAAUCGCUCAAAUCAAUCACCGAUGUAAUCGAUAACAUUGGCAAUGAAAUCAUCAGAAAGGGUAAGCUGAGAAUCGACUUUUUGGGUAUUCAAAAGGAUCCACUCUUGUUGCCAGGCGGUAAAUACCACCAGAAUUUGGAUGGCUACAUCAUGGACCAAUUCGCCUACUAUCUCUGUUUCAAAUGUAAACAGCCAUACUUUGGUGGCUCCAAUCAAUGCGCUGCUGCCAUGGCUGCACCAGAGAAGUUCAAUCCCGAGGAGUUGAUAUGCGGAGGUUGUUCAUCUGACGACGUACUACCUAUCUGUCCGAAACACGGAAAAGACUAUCUCGAAUUCAAAUGUCGUUACUGUUGCUCCGUUGCCAUUUGGUUCUGCUUUGGAACUCAUCAUUUCUGUGAAACCUGUCAUAAUCAUCACACAGAACUCACAAGUAGAAACACUCAUCCUCAGUGUCCGGUUGGUCCAGGAGGUAUCGAAUUGCCCGGUGAUGAUUGUCCACUUCAUGUCGACCAUCCAAAGACUGGAACAGAGUUUGCACUCGGUUGUGGUAUUUGUAGAAACGUCAGAGAGUUUUAA